AGCUAUUUUUUUCGAGCAUUCAAGCCAAGUUGCGCGCUCUGAGCGGAGGUGGACCGCUGCUGUUUGUUCCGCUCAGUGUGAGGGUCUCGGUCCAUGUGAGAGCAGCUCCGACCAGCAGAGGUUACAGCGGGACCCCCUCCUCCCUACCAGCCCGAACAGAGAGAAAGAGAGAGAGAGAGAGAAAGAGCAUGGCUCUUCUGCAACACAAAGGGCGAAACUCGCAGGCGGAAAGUUUAAAGGAAUAAAGAAACCGCAGAAUUUCYCACUUCCCCGAACCCGAACCGCGAAGCGAUGCACUUCAUCAGGCUGGAUUUACGGCUGAUUUUGUGGUGUUUUAAGUUGGUGUCGCUGGCGCACGCUUACACCGUUCACAUCGGCGAGGAUGCGGGAGCACGGAGGACAGUGGUGGCCGGAGAGGAGCGCGGCGCACGGUGCGCUUUGGAUCAGGUGCUCGCUCCGAAAUCCACGGAGCGCUUCCUGGAGACGGACGCGGCGGCGGGCGUCGUGUUUGUUUCGGACUCGAUAAAGUGCGCCCUGCUGCCGUCCAACCCGUUCACACUGUUCACUGUGGCGGACUGCACGGACUCUGGACGCAGGCACCUCCUCACGAGUCAGUACGACGUGCAUGUUCACGGCAGGAACUGUUCACACGCGCGUAAAAGGAAAGCUCUGUGGGACAUGGAGGUCCUCAGUUUGUUCAGGCACCACAGCUCGUCAGAGUGCCACCAGGCGGGCUCUGCUUUAUUUCCAGUGGGGAAUCUGUUACCUGGCUCUCUGCUGCGGUGCAAAGUGGCCAACAGCCACGAGUUUUACUUCUCAGAGGGGAGCUUGUUUGUGUCUGAGACACUGUGCUGGAGGCAGGACGCACUCUUUGAACUGAAUAUAUUCUGUGAUGUGCUGAUAGGAAACAAGCUAAAUGUUAAAACCAUCUCCAUCCACUGGCGGGUGGGACAGGGUCCCUUCAGGCAGGGCCACUUACAGAAACUCUUAAAGAAGGCAGCUCAGUUUGAUUCAGGUAUUGUGAGCAGGAGAAGGCGCAGCAUUAACAGCAGCCCCCAGUUUCAGCCCCCAAUGUAUCAAGUGUCCGUGUCAGAGAAUAAGCCAGUUGGGACCUUGGUUGUUGUCCUCAAAGCUGUGGACAUGGAUGAGGGGGAAGCAGGCAGGCUGGAGUAUUUCAUAGAGGCUCUCUUUGACAGCCGCUCUAACAAUCUUUUUGCUGUGGAUCCUGUCAGCGGUGUUGUGUCGACAGUAGAAGUGCUGGACCGAGAAACUAAAGACACCCACGUCUUCCGUGUGACAGCAGUUGACCACGGCACGCCCCGGCGUACAGCCAUGGCCACCCUCACCGUCACAGUCGGCGACACCAAUGACCAUGAUCCAGUGUUUGAGCAGCAAGAUUACAAGGAAAGCAUCAGGGAGAAUUUAGAAAUUGGCUACGAGGUGUUGACUGUGAGAGCCACUGAUGGGGACGCACCUGUUAAUGGUAACAUCCUGUACCACAUCCUUAACAGUAACGGGUCCAAUGAUGUUUUUGAGAUAGAUUCUAGGUCUGGUGUCAUCCGCACUAAAGGCCUGGUGGACAGAGAGGAGGUGGAGGCCUAUGUGCUGUUAGUUGAGGCAAACGACCAGGGUCGGGACCCUGAGCCCCGCAGCGCCACAGCCACUGUUCACAUUGUGGUAGAGGAUGACAACGAUAAUGCUCCUCAGUUCAGUGAGAAACGCUAUGUGGUCCAGGUUCCCGAGGACAUGACCCCAAACACUGAGAUCCUGCAAGUCACUGCCACAGAUCAGGACAGAGGAAGCAACGCUGUGGUCCACUUCAGCAUCAUGAGCGGAAACACCCGAGGGCAGUUUUACAUUGAUGCUCAAACGGGUAAAUUGGACCUGGUGAGCCACUUGGAUUACGAGGCCAACAAAGAAUACACCCUAAGGAUCAGAGCUCAGGAUGGAGGGCGGCCUCCGCUGUCCAACAUCAGCAGCCUGGUGACGGUGCAGGUGCUGGACGUCAAUGACAACGCUCCUAUUUUUGUCAGCACUCCAUUUCAGGCCACUGUGCUAGAAAACGUGCCUCUGGGUUACUCCAUUAUCCACAUCCAAGCUGUAGAUGCCGACUCAGGAGAAAACUCCAGGCUGGAAUACUGCCUCACUGAAACCAUGCCAAACUUCCCCUUCGCCAUCAACAACAGCACCGGGUGGAUUGUAGUGGCAGAUGAGCUGGACAGAGAGAGUGUAGAUUUUUACAACUUUGGCGUGGAGGCCCGCGAUCAUGGCUACCCUGUGAUGUCCUCCUCAGCCAGCAUCAGCAUGACAGUUCUAGACGUCAAUGACAACAACCCAGAGUUCACUCUGAAAGCYUAUCAAAUGCGUCUGAACGAGGACGCAGCCGUGGGGACCAGUGUGGUGACAGUGUCUGCUGUGGAUCAGGACAUCAACAGCGUGGUGACGUAUCAGAUAUCCAGCGGGAACACUCGGAACAGGUUCUCCAUCACUAGUCAGAGCGGAGGCGGGCUCAUCACACUUGCACUCCCUUUAGAUUACAAACUAGAACGCCAGUAUAUUCUCACAGUCACCGCAAGCGAUGGUACUCGCUUUGACACCGCUAAGGUGUUUGUUAACGUCACAGACGCCAACACACACCGACCUGUAUUUCAGAGCUCACAUUACACAGUCAACAUCAAUGAGGACAGACCMGCCGGCACCACUGUGGUUGUAAUAAGUGCCACUGAUGAGGAUACAGGUGAGAACGCACGCAUCACCUACUAUAUGGAUGAUAGUGUCCCUCAGUUUGACAUAGACCCAGACACAGGAGCUGUCACCACACAGAUAGAGCUGGACUAUGAGGACCAGGUUUCUUACACACUGGCCAUCACAGCGCGGGAUAACGGCAUCCCACAGAAAUCCGACACAACCUACCUGGAGAUCCUGGUGAACGACGUCAACGACAACUCCCCCCGUUUCCUCAGAGACCACUACGUGGGCUCUGUGAUGGAAGAUGUGCCAGUGUUCACCAGCGUGGUGCAGGUUUCAGCCAUAGACAGAGACUCUGGGCUCAACGGCAGGGUUUUCUACACUUUCCAGGGCGGGGAGGAUGGAGAUGGUGACUUCAUAAUAGAAUCCACCUCUGGCAUUGUGCGCACGCUGCGCAGAUUAGACAGAGAGAAUGUGCCUGUUUACAGCCUGCAGGCUUUCGCUGUAGAUAAAGGUGUUCCUGCUCUGAAAACAUCAGUAAACAUCCAUGUAACAAUCAUGGAUGUGAACGACAACCCUCCCGUGUUUGAAAAAGAUGAGUUUGACAUCAUGGUGGAGGAAAACAGUCCCAUAGGUGUUGUGGUCGCCCACAUAUCAGCUACAGACCCAGAUGAAGGCAGUAAUGCUCAGAUCAUGUAUCAAAUAGUGGAGGGAAACAUUCCAGAGGUGUUCCAGUUGGAUAUUUUCUCUGGAGAACUGACAGCAUUAAUAGAUCUGGAUUAUGAGCUAAAGUCAGAGUACGUCAUCGUGGUCCAGGCCACCUCCGCCCCUCUGGUCAGCCGAGCCACUGUCCACAUCAAACUCAUUGACAAGAACGACAACGUGCCGGUGCUUAAAAACUUCCAGAUCAUCUUCAACAACUACGUGACAGACAAAUCCAGCAGCUUCCCCACCGGUGUGAUCGGACGCAUCCCCGCCUUCGACCCGGAUGUUUCCGAUCAGCUGCAUUACAGCUUCGAGGUGGGAAACGAGCUGAACCUCGUUCUCCUGAACCAGAGCACGGGGGAGAUCCAGCUGAGCCAGGCCCUGGAUAACAACCGACCCCUGGAGGCCUCCAUGAGGAUCUCAGUGUCAGACGGCGUCCACUCUGUGUCCGCUCAGUGCCUUCUCCAGGUCACCAUCAUCACCGAUGAGAUGCUGUCCAACAGCAUCACCUUACGUCUGGCCAACACCUCCCAGGAGCACUUCCUGUCCCUGCUGCUCGCACAGUUCCUGGACGGCGUGGCCCGCGUCCUGUCGGCCGCGCCCCAAGACGUCGUCAUCUUCAACAUCCAGGACGACACAGACGUCAGCGCUCGCAUCCUCAACGUCAGCUUGUCUGUGGCGGUGCCCGCCUUCGGAGCUGAACACCGUCGCCCCUCGGGACUCAGGACCGACAGACCCGGGAGGGGGCCCGAAACCGGGGAGUUCUUUGGCUCAGAGGAACUCCAGGAGAGGCUGUAUCUGAACCGCAGCCUUCUGGCUGAGAUUUCGUCCCAGGAAGUGCUCCCCUUCGAUGACAACAUCUGCCUGCGUGAGCCGUGUGAGAACUACAUGAAGUGUGUGUCCGUGCUGAAGUUCGACAGCCUGGCGCCGUUUGUGGCGUCUGACACCAUCCUGUUCAGGCCCAUCCACCCCAUCGCAGGGCUGCGAUGCCGCUGUCCCACCGGUUUUACUGGAGACUACUGCGAGACUGAGAUUGACCUCUGCUACUCUAAACCAUGUGGAACCAACGGUGUUUGUCGCAGCAGGGAGGGAGGCUUCACCUGUGAGUGCUUCCAGGAAUACACAGGGGAGCGCUGCGAGCUGUCGUCCCGCUCGGGCCGCUGUGCUCCGGGAGUCUGCAGGAACGGCGGGACCUGCAUCAACCUGCUGGUCGGUGGCUUCAAGUGCGAGUGUCCACCGGGCGGCUACGAGAAGCCCUACUGCGAGAUGACCACUCGCAACUUCCCUCCCAACUCCUUCCUGACCUUCAGGGGUCUGCGCCAGCGUUUCCACUUCACCCUCUCACUCACGAGAAACUAAGACCACAGUUUCACCUUUUGUCCUGGGAGGUGUCAGCGACGGCCAGUGGCACGUGGUGGAGGUUCAUUACUACAAUAAGCCAAUCCUGAACCAGGCGGGUCUGCCUCAGGGACCCUCAGACCAGAAGAUCGUGGUCGUGACCGUAGAUAACUGCGACGCCUCAGUGGCGCUGAGAUUUGGUCACAUGAUAGGAAACUAUUCGUGCUCAGCUCAGGGCAGCCAAACGGGAUCUAAAAAGUCUCUGGAUCUGACCGGACCCCUGCUCCUCGGAGGAGUCCCCAAACUCCCAGAAGACUUUCCUGUUCAGAACCGCCAGUUCAUGGGCUGCAUGAAGAACCUGCGUAUUGACAACCAGCACAUAGACAUGGCCAGCUACAUCGCUAACAACGGCACUCUGCCAGGAUGCUCAGCCAAGAGGCAUUUCUGCAACAAUAACCCGUGUCUGAACGGAGGAACCUGUGUGAACCUGUGGGGCUCCUUCAGCUGCGACUGUCCCCUCGGGUUUGGAGGAAAGAGCUGUGAGAGAGCCAUGGCCAACCCGCUGCGUUUCCAGGGUAACAGUGUGUUGCAGUGGAACAACCUGGAGACGGCGGCGGCGGCCUCCGUCCUCUGGCAUAUCGAGCUCAUGUUCCGCACCCGUCAGUCCAGCGCCACGCUGCUUCACGUUUCCACCAGCCUGCAGCACAACCUCACUCUGCAGCUGCGCGGGGGGAGCGUGUUGAUGGGGCUGCACAGGGGGGAGGACUCCACUCUGUCCCGGGUGGAGGAGGCGCUGGCCAACGAUGGAGACUGGCAUCACUUGCAGCUGAACGUCAGCAGCCCGGAAGGAGCAGCGGGCCGCGGCAGGGCAGCGCUGUCUCUGGAUCAUGGACUCUACCUGGCCAGUAUGGAGGUGGACGGGAAGCUGCGGGACUCCAAGCUGAAGGCUGUGAGCGUUGGUGGUUUGGGAAGGCCUGAUGGGAAAAUUCAGCACGGCUUCCGUGGCUGCAUACAGGGUCUGCGCGUUGGCGGAGCUCUGAGUUGGUCUCAGGCGAGGAAGGUGAARGUGGAGCAGGGCUGCAGCGUGCCGGACCCCUGCAGCUCCAACCCCUGUCCCGCCAGCAGCUARUGCAGCGACGACUGGGACAGCUACUCCUGCACCUGCCUCAGCGGUUACUAUGGCACCAACUGCUCCGACGUGUGCUCGCUGAACCCCUGUGAACACGCUUCAACGUGCACCAGGAGGCCAGGCGCCUCCCACGGUUACGCCUGCGAAUGUCCCAGGAACUAUUUCGGACGAUACUGCGAGAAAAAGACCGACUUGCCGUGUCCYAGAGGUUGGUGGGGUCACAAGACCUGCGGGCCCUGCAACUGUCCGACAGAGCGGGGCUUCGACUCUGACUGCAACAAGACGAGCGGAGAGUGUCGCUGUAAGGACAACCACUACCAACCUGAAGGCAGCGACACCUGCCUCCUGUGUGACUGCUACCCGGUCGGCUCGUUCUCCAGAGCCUGUGACAGAGACAGCGGGCAGUGUCAGUGUAAAGCCGGUGUCAUCGGGCGUCAGUGCGAUCGCUGUGACAACCCUUUCGCCGAGGUCUCACCUAACGGCUGUGAAGUAAUCUAUGACAGCUGCCCUCAGGCCAUCGAGGCUGGGAUUUGGUGGCCCAGGACUAAGUUUGGUCUUCCUGCAGCAGUUCCCUGUCCCAAAGGAACUAUUGGCACAGCCAUCCGACACUGUGACGAGCACAAGGGCUGGCUCCCUCCAAACCUCUUCAACUGCACCUCUGUCACCUUCAGCAGGCUCAAAGCCCUGUCAGAACGGUUCUCCCGUAACGCGUCGCUCCUGGAUCCUGGGCUCGUUCAGCAGACGGCGGCCAUGUUGGCCAACGCCACGUCGCACACGCAGCAGUUCUACGGCAGCGACGUGAAGGUGGCGUACCGACUCGCCCUGAGUCUGCUGCAGCACGAGAGGAACCAGCAGGGCUUCAACCUCACGGCUACACAGGAUGUUCACUUCACUGAGAAUCUGAUCACCGUUGGCAGCGCCAUCCUGUCUCCAGAAGCCCGGCCUCACUGGGAGCUGAUCCAGAACUCGGAGGGCGGCACGGCAGCGCUGCUGCGACACUACGAAGACUACGCAAACACGCUGGCGCAGAACAUGAGAAAGACCUACCUGAGCCCCUUCACCAUCGUCACACCAAACAUCGUCAUCUCUGUGGAUCGUCUGAAAAAGAUGAACUUUGCCGGAGCCAAACUGCCUCGGUACCAGURCCUGAGGGGCCCGCACCCCGUGGACCAGGAGACUGCCGUCACUCUCCCCGACUCGGUCUUUCAGCCGCCGACGGACAACAAUAAGGGCCACAGACUCCUGGAUGUUUUCCCAGAGUCCUCCCCGAGGAACCGCUCGGGCCACAGGAAGAGGCGCCACCCGGAGGACAGCCAGCAGGAAGCCAUCGCCAGCGUGAUCAUCUUCCACAGCCUGGCCACGCUUCUACCAGAGAACUACGACCCGGACAAGCGAAGUCUGCGCGUCCCGAAGCGUCCGGUCAUCAACACGCCGGUGGUCAGCAUCACCGUCCACGAUAACGACGAGCUGCUGCAGCACCCGCUGGACAAACCCAUCACCGUGCAGUUCCGCCUGGUCGCCACCGAGGAGCGCUCCAAGCCCAUCUGUGUGUUCUGGAACCACACCAUCCUUUCAGGAAACGGCGGCUGGUCGGCUAAAGGCUGCGAGGUGGUGUUCAGGAACAGCAGCCACAUCAGCUGUCAGUGUUACCACAUGACCAGCUUCGCCGUCCUGAUGGACGUCUCCAGGAGGGAGAACGGAGAGAUCCUGCCCAUCAAGAUCCUGACGUGGAGCACGGCRGGCGUGACGCUGGGCUUCCUCUUCCUCACCACGGUCUUCCUCCUGUGCCUCAGGGCCAUGCAGAGCAACAAGACGAGCAUCAUCAACAACGGAUCCUCGGCUCUCUUCCUGUCGGAGCUCAUCUUCAUCCUGGGCAUCAACCAGGCCGACAACCCGUUUCUCUGCACGAUCAUCGCCAUCCUGCUGCACUUCUUCUACCUCUGCUCGUUCUCCUGGCUCUUCCUGGAGGGGCUGCACGUUUACCGCAUGAUCAGCGAGGUGCGAGACAUCAACUACGGACCGAUGAGGUUCUACUACCUGAUCGGCUGGGGGGUUCCCGCCUUCAUCACAGGUCUGGCGGUGGGUUUGGACCCUGAAGGUUACGGUAACCCCGACUUCUGCUGGCUGUCGAUGUACGACACUCUGAUCUGGAGCUUCGCCGGACCCAUCGCCGUGGUGGUGUCUAUGAACAUCUUCCUGUACAUCCUGUCCUCCAGAGCCUCCUGCUCACUGAAACACCUCAGCAUCGAGAAGAAGGAGCCUCGUUUCUCAGGCCUGAAGACGGCAGGCGGCGUCCUCUUCCUGGUUUCCGUCACGUGUUUUCUGGCUCUUCUCUCCGUCAACAGCGACAUGAUCAUCUUCCACUACCUGUUUGCAGGAUUUAACUGUGUGCAGGGUCCGUUCGUUUUCUUUUUCCGCAUCGUCUUCAAUAAGGAGGCGAGGAAAGCGAUGAAGUACUGCUGCAGCCGAAAGCGCCCAGACCACACCAUCAAAUCUAAAGCCUUGAACUAUAAGUGCAACACAAACUACAUGGACGGCAGGUUGUAUCACCUCCCGUUUGGUGGAUCCAGCGCGUCUCUGAACGGCACCAUGCAGAGCGGGAAGAGCCAGCAGAGCUACGUGCCAUURGCUCUCAGGGAUGACGGAUUAAACACCAGCCAGGCGCACAUCGCUCUGAACGACCACACGUCGCUCUUCCACGAAACGAAGGAGCACAUGGACGAUCCCGACAGCGACUCGGACAGCGACCUGUCUCUGGAGGACGACCAGAGCGGCUCCUACGCCUCCACGCACUCCUCUGACAGCGAGGACGUGGAGGGUCCCCUUCCACCGGAGGAAUGCUGGGAAAACCUGGCGUCCAACGGUGUUAAGAGGCCUCCGCCACACGACAACAGUUUGGGCACGGCGCUCUGGCCUGUAGAGUACUCAGCAGGGGUUGGUGACAGCGACCUGGCAGGUGGAGACAGAGGGAGGAUGGAGGCUCCUGAACCGCUCCUCGGUCGUAACGUUCGGUCGUUAUCAGACGACAGACUGCAGGAGUCUGCGACGAUGCUGCUGCCUGCUCUACCAAACUUCAGCUCUCAUCCUCACAAAGGGAUCCUGAAGAAGAAGCAACUCUCUCCGAUCGUAGAGAGGAACAGCCUCCGCCGCGUCCACAACCAGCUGAGUGAAAGCGGUCCGGGCACYGCGCCUCCGCAGGGAUCCUCCUCCGGCGAGGACCGAGUCAAACCGGACCCGCCCGAUCGGCUGAACGGCUUGGCGCUGAGCAUCAAGGCGGGGACGGUGGACGGCGACUCGUCGGGGUCAGAGUCAUAGGUCCUCCCUCCUCAACAGUCAGCGCCGACCAGGAGCACCAGACCUCCUCAUCAACAAGAAGAAAUGAGGAGUUUGUCGUCCUCUGAAGGAGUGUGUGUGUUUGUGUGUUUGUUCAUACGUGUGCCAAACUUCAGGAGUCACACAGAACAAGUCUCCCUUUAAAGAAAUUGUUUUGUUUACAUACUUGAAGAAAUGCACUUUUUUUUUUAAAUCUACUGCCCAGAUUUUUUUUUCAGGAUUUUUAUAUAUUUUUGCGAACUGUGGGGGAAAUGGUUUUUUUUUUUUUUUUUUUUUUU